GGGCGUUUCAUCCACAGGCAGUUGAGAGAGAGAGAGCAAGAAAAGCAAAUAGAAAAGGAAUUGAGUGAGUGAGUGAGUUUGAGAAGAAAAGAAAAUUGACGAAAGAAAUGGAGAUGGAGAGGAGCAUGAAGGUUAUGAUGAUUGUGGGGGUUGUGAUGAUGUGUAUGGUGGUGAGUGAAGCUGCUAUUUCGUGCGGGGCAGUGGCUGGGGCAGUGGGGCCUUGCAUCGGAUAUUUGAAAGCCCCAACAGGAAUACCCCCACCAGCAUGUUGCAACGGGGUUAGGAAUCUCAAGAGCCAAGCCUCCACCCCUGCCGAUCGCCGCGCCGCUUGCUAUUGCUUGAAGAAUGCUGCCAAUAGCAUCCGAGGCAUCGACGUUGGCGCCGCCGCUGGCCUUCCCAGCAAGUGCGGCGUGAGCAUUCCUUACAAGAUCAGCCCCAACACCGACUGCACCAAGGUGAACUGAGGAUCAUAAUCAUCCACCGCCUACGCCUACUACUACAAAAUAUUACUCAUUAUAUUACUAGUGGUAGCUUUAGGUAGCUUUAAUUCCCACACCAUAAUUAAUAGCAGAGUGAAUAAAGGGCAUGGCUACUUUCUUCAUUAUUUCCGAUGCCCACCUUCAUCUUCUUUUUCUCUACUUCUGCUUUCUACUACUAUUGUGUGUAUGUGAUUCCAAUGACUCUUCUCAUUGCGAAUUCCCAAUAUCAUUAUGAAUUUAAUAAUCUAUUUCCUCUUA